AUGAAUAAGCCAUUAGUUGCGGCUGAGUUGGGUUUCACCGAACAACAAAUCAUGAUAUCAAGUUAUGCGUGGAAAAUCAAAAACUUCAGAUUUAUCAAUAUGCCGGCUGGAGAGAGGCUUGAAUCCCCAACGUUUAACUUGGCUUCUGAUAAGACAGUAGACUGGUAUUUAGCGUUAUAUCCAUUUGGUAUAGAUAAGGCUUAUAAACACUGCAUCAGUGCAUCUCUUGGCAAUAAAUCAAAAUCAACCGAGAAGUUUAGCAUGGACGUUUCAUUUUCGAUUUCUGUUCUAGAUCGAAAAGGUCAAAUCGUUCAUAAAAGAUCAAAGAAUUCAGUAAUAAACUCCAACUCAUUCAACGGUUUUAACGAAUUUCUGGAAAGGCAUACUCUUACAGCUGAGAACAGCAACAUGUUGAUAAACGACGUUCUAACCAUACUCUGCGAAUUCAUUGUAGUAGGCAAGACAGUGAAUUAUUCGAAACAGGAAUACACGAAAUACUCCGCAGCUUACAAUACAAUUUCAAAACGAAAAGUUUUGUUGAACGAUAUCGAGUGUCAAUUGGAGGCCGAUAGAUUCCACGAUUUGACGAUCACUGCGCCCUGCGGCACUGAACUCCACGCCCACAAGUUCAUGUUGGCAGCACGGAGUCCAGUGUUUCGGGCAAUGUUUACCGUAGACAUGAAGGAAAAGGCAAACAAUGCAGUAAAAAUCGAGGAUAUUACUUACAAUGCUCUGAAGGAAAUGAUACGAUUUAUGUACACGGCUAAGGUCGAAAACCUCGACACAUGCCUGGAUGGAGUUUGGAUGGCAGCGGAAAAAUAUCAGAUCAGCGGAUUAAAGGGCGAGUGUAGAGAUUAUCUUUUCGAUAAUUUGAGCAUUGACAACGCUGUUAAAACAUUGACGUACUGUCAUCAAUUUCAAUUGAACGAUUUGAAAGCCUUAACGCAUCGAUUCAUGACAUUCCACGCAAAAGAUAUUGCCAACACUGAGUCAUUCAAGUCCAUAGAUGAUCCGGAUUUGUUGAUGGAAAUUGUUCAAAACCUGACUCUUAAAUCAUAA